AUGAAUCAUCGCAAGCCAGACCAAGUUUUCGGCGGUAUGGAAAUCGGCAUCCCCCCCAGCCAGCCUCUUCCGCCGCCGCCGCCCCUGAGGUCGAAGAGGAAGCCGAUCGCGCUUCACGAACAUACCCGCUCGUGGGCCGACUUUGGAGGUCCCCGAACCAGCGCCCCGCCACGACCACCUCCACCGCCGGCUCCGCGGUGGCAGAGCGAGGUGUCCCGAUGGCAGACCCCGCCUCCGAGACGCUCCUCUGCCGACUCGUCGGAGAAAAUGUCCUUUGAAAGUGGCGUCCUGCCGCCGGCGCAGCGACCUCGUCUCGACGACGGCCACGCGAGCCGCCCCGCCCCGCCCCGCGCGAACGACGAUGCACUACAUGUCGACACUUCGGGGGCACAAGACCGCACGGUGGCAGGAGACCAUGACAUCCAGGCGAUGACGAUCCCUGCCUCACGAACAAGCAGCAUCUACAGCACGGAGCACGACCUGCCGCUCUCCGAGCCGGCGCGCACGCUGGGCAUUUUCGAACGCGAGCCCGCGCGGCGCGCGUCUCUGCCGGCGGGGCCCCGCUCGCCGAGCCUGCAUCACUUUGAGACGAUUCCCGCGCGGCGGAGCAACUACAACGAGCACAGCGUCGACGUGGCGCGGGACCUGUAUCACGCGACGGCGACGCAGCUUGCUGUUCUGACGCGGGGUGGUGGGCGUAGCAGCACGUUGAGCUUCGCGGACAAUGUGGGCCAGACGGGACGAAGGAGGGGUGUUCCGGCGAGGGUCGAGACGGGGGCGAUGCCGGCGUCGACGGAUGUGGCGAGGACGCCGUAUCCGCCGGGAUCGGGGGGUUCGCGGUUCGACCUGGAGGAGACGAAGGUUGGUAGGAGGGAGAGAUAUUCGGGGGCGUUUUCGAGGGUCUUUCGACGCAGGAGUAGUGAAGUGCGCUCUGCUGGUGGAGAUGAGCAAAUACCUGAGCGGAAUGGCGAGCAAGGACCCAUCAUCCCCAUGAGAUCGAGGAGGGCGAGCGGCCCGGAUACACCAAGGCCCAUCUUCCUCGCCGGUCCUGGGACAGGCGGCUUUGACUCUGGAGUCAAGCCAGGGCCUGCGUCUCCAGGUCUGCUGCAGAAAAUCAACAGGCAGUGGAACGAGCUGUUGGCUCAGGCCAAGAGGACGUCUGGCCACGGACGUGCUAUUGCGGAGGAGGAGAGACGGCGGGAGGCUCUCAAGGGGAAGAUCAAGGUCCUGAACGAUGGAGCACGGGUGUGA